GGCCAGGUUUUGCAGAUUUUGAAUUGCAAGCAGCACAGCACACCGUCCCCUUCUUCCUUGGGCCUGGAGACAGUCUGACUCCUCACUUCAGUUUUGGGGAUGGAGCCCUUGGGGACAUCGACGGUUCUGCUGGUCAUCUGCCUCUCCUGCCUUCUCCUUUCUGCCAUCUGGAAGAGCCAGGCCAACAAGAGGGGGGAAAUGCCCCCUGGCCCAACUCCAUUGCCCCUCAUCGGGAACGCUCUGCAGCUCAAGACCAACCACUUGGACCUGACUCUUUGCAAGCUCAGGAAGAGCUACGGCCCCAUCUUCACCCUCUAUUUUGGAGCGAGGCCCGUUGUGGUGCUCCAUGGCUACGAGGCAGUGAAGGAAGCCCUGAUCGACCGGGCUGAUGAGUUUUCAGCCCGAGGGAGAAUGCCAUCGAUGGAUAAAUACUUUCAGGGCAAAGGGAUCAUAUUCAACAAUGGGGAAGGAUGGAAGCAGCUCCGGCGCUUUGCCCUGACCACCCUCCGCAACUUUGGGAUGGGGAAGAAGAGCAUCGAGGAGAGGAUCCAAGAAGAAGCUCAGUAUCUCCUGGAGCAGUUCCAGGGCACAAAAGAGCAGCCCUUCGACCCCACUUUCCUGCUCAACUGCGCUACUUCCAACAUCAUCUGCUCCGUUGUCUUUGGAAAGCACUACGACUAUGAUGACAAGAAGUUUCUCUCCAUCAUGGCCUUAAUGCAUGAAAACUUUGAGAUCCUCAACUCCCCUUGGGGACAGCUGGCCAUUCUUUUCCCUUCCUUCAUGGACCUCAUCCCUGGGCCUCAUCAAAGAGUGUGGAAAAACUUUGGCAAAGGCAGAGCAUUUGUCAUGGAGGAAGUGGAAGCCCACAGGGAGACCCUGGACCCCGCCUCCCCUCGGGACUUCAUCGACUGCUUCUAUAUCAAAAUGGACCAGGAAAAGGACAACGAGGCUUCCGAGUUCACGAUUGAGAAUUUGCUAAUGUCUGCCAUUAACUUGUUUGGAGCAGGGACUGAAACGACCAGCACCACCCUCAGAUACGGGCUCCUCAUCCUCCAGAAGUACCCAGAGAUAGAAGAGAAAGUGCAAGAGGAGAUUGACCGGGUGGUUGGCCGCUUGCGAGCUCCUUGCAUGGCUGACCGUGGACAGAUGCCCUACACGGACGCGGUCAUCCAUGAGAUCCAGAGGUUCAUCUCUCUCAUCCCGCUCAGUCUUCCCCAUUCAGUGAACAAAGACACACUGUUCAGAGGAUACACCAUCCCCAAGGGCACCACGGUGUUUCCUCUUUUGACUUCAGUGCUGCAUGAUGACAAGGAGUUUCCCAACCCCACAAAGUUUGACCCACAUCAUUUCCUGAACAAAGACGGGACCUUCAGGAAGAGCGCCUACUUCAUGCCCUUUUCUGCAGGGAAGCGGAUCUGUGCAGGAGAAGGCCUGGCCCGCAUGGAGCUCUUCUUGUUCUUGACCUCCAUCCUCCAGAACUUCAAGCUGAAACCCAUCACUGACCCCCAGGAUAUCGACCUCAAGCCCCACCUGAGCAGCAUUGGCAAUGUCCCCCAGCACUAUCUGCUCUGUGUCGUGCCCCGGUGAAGGGGUCGCACAAGGUCUCCAUUCACGGGUGGAGAGGGCCAGAAGAACCAGCUUCUGCUUCUAAGA